CGGUCCACUUGGAGUGAGCAAACGUGAAAAUUUUUAUCUUAUAGGUUAAAGGGAACAUCGUUUUAUUUACAUGGCAAGCGAAUCCUUGUGCAAAAUAUUUGAUGUAAAUGUGAAGCAAUUUGGCGAAAAUUGUGCAGCCAUUUUUAAUGAUGGUAAAAAUGUGAAAAAAGCUACAUACAACCAAAUUGCUAUUGAGAGUCGAAGAGUUUCUCUGUGUCUUCGCGAAUUAUGUGCGGACGGUUUUGUGGGACUAUUUGUGGAACAGGACCUCUCCUUUCCUUCUUUAAUAUUGGGGAUAUUACAUAACAACUUGCCAUUCACAUGUAUUGAUAUUCAAGAUUCUCAAGACAAAGUUCUCUAUCUUCUGAGAUAUUUAUGUGUUAAGUGGGUGUUUACAGAAAGUAGUUGUAUUCAUGCAAAAAAUGUUUUGCAUAAUAAUGGAACUAAAAUUAAAACUAUUUAUUUACACAAUAAUUCAUAUAGUAUUUGGCAUAUCAAUAAAAAUUCUGCUCCAGAUAAUAAAAUUAUUCCUCAUUCACCCACUUUUCAUUUGGCAUAUGCUAUCCAAACCUCUGGAAGUACCGGAGAACCCAAAAUUAUAUAUGUUCCUCACCAGAGUAUAGUGCCAAACAUUUUAGAUAUAAGAGAUUUGCUCCAUAUACAUCACAGUGACAUUAUAUAUUUGGCAUCUCCAUUAACAUUUGAUCCUAGUGUUGUUGAACUGUUUGUACCCUUAUCUUGUGGAGCUGCAGUAUUGAUAGUGCCUUCAAAGGUGAAAGUAUCACCAUCAGUUCUUCUUGAAAUAUUAUUUCCUACCAAUCAUGACUUUUAUUCUGGCACAAGUAUCCUUCAGAUUACUCCGUCUUCAUUUUCAAGGUGGAAUGCAUAUGACAUACAGACAAGAAUACUUAGCAGAAAAACAACAUUGAAGAAACUUCUUUUUGGAGGUGAACCAUGUCCAAACAUAUCAGUGUUAAAUAGUUGGAAAGCAACAGAUAAUUUAACAGAAAUUUACAAUGUAUAUGGUGUUACUGAAGUAUCAUGUUGGGCUACAAUAGAAAGAGUCGACUUCUCCCAAAAUUGGAAUCAAUUUGGCCAUUCUGAAGUAAACAAACAAACCACUUUGGCUGUUCCUUUGGGAUCACCUCUUUCCAAAACUGUCUUACAAGUUAAAAAUGACCGUGGAGAUCAAAUUUUUAAUGGGGAGGGAGAGUUAUUUAUUGGUAGUUCAGAAAGAAUAUGCCUAAUAAAUGAAGAAGUCUUAGAAAAUCUGACUCCUCCAGUAUUCAGAGCUACUGGUGACUUUGUAAAGAUUGAUAAUUCCUGUAAUCAUAUAUUGUUUCUUGGCCGUAAAAAUAGAAUAAUAAAGCGUUGGGGCCAUCGUGUUUGUUUGGGUAAUGUGGAAAUGGUCCUUAGCAGACAUGUAGAUGUUGAAAAAUGCAGCUGUGUAUGGCACCAAGAGAAAAAUAUUCUGGCUCUUGCUGUAAUUUGGAGAGAUAAAGAGGAAAUACAAGAUUUGAGAUUGUAUGGUGUGAAUCAUUUACAUAAAGCUGAAGUACCUGAUCAAAUAGUUACAGUCAAAGAAUUACCUCUUACAAAUCAUGGUAAAAUUGAUUAUGAAAAGUUACUGACUAUUAUUUUGCACAAAAAUGAUAAAAUAACAAACAAAGAUAUACCAAAUUCAUCGCACAUCCUGGAAGCAUGGAGAAGCAUUGUUGGACGAGAGCCUAUGUUAUCAGAGAAAUUUAUGUCGUCAGGUGGAAAUUCUAUUCUUGCUAUUCAGUUGACUACAGAACUUGAAAGAAUAUUUGGAGAAAGAAUUCGUAAUAAACUGAUGAAUAUGUUACUAAACAAUUCCUCUGUAAUGGAAAUAGAGAUGUUCUUAUUAGGGAAUGAGAUUAAAAGUGAAGCUGGGAUAGCACUUGAUAUCAGUUCUAGAAAAUCAUCUAUACUCAAUAAUAAAGAAAAAAACAAUUCCAAUAAAGAUUUUUUCAGUAGUAUUGAACCACAUGAAUAUUCUUUGCUAUCAGCUGAAGAAAUAUUGCACCCUAGUACAAGUAGUUCAAAGAGAAGAAAAUUGAUCUCUGACUCUCCAGUGGAUUUAAAGCAUGAGAAAAUUGUAACCCACAAAAAUCAUUCCUGCAAUAUUACAAAAGAAAGUGCUUGUUCACAAACACAGCAUGAGGAGUUCCUAAUCAAAAUAUGUUGCCGAGGAACAACAUUUGAGAAGGAACCUCACUUUGAUACGUGGGUACCUAAAGAAGGCAACAGACUUCCCCUUCAUCUGAAUUGGAAAUUUGAUAUGCAGAAAUGUGUGGAUGCCUCUCCUUGUUAUCUUAAAUUUGCCAAGAGAAGUUGUGUAAUUGUUGGAUCACAUUCACAUCAAUUAGUUGUUCUGGAAUGCCCAGGUGGAGAAUUGAUUUCACAGUGUUUGCUCCCUGACCGCAUUGAAUCAAGUGUUUGUCCAUCAUCUUGUGGGAAGUAUGGAGUAGUAGGCGAGUUGAAUAUUUCUAUUUAUUACACUAUCUUACCUUUUAUAUCUUGUGUUAUUGGAUGUUACAAUGGCUGUGUGUAUUGCAUUUCACUUGCAAAAGGUGAUAUUAUUUGGAGUUUUCCCACUAAUGAUAUGGUUAAGAGCACUCCUAUGUUGUGUCUUGGAAAUACUGCUGUUGUUGUAGGAUCGUAUGACAGCAAUUUGUACUGCAUAGCCAUGGAGGAUGGGAAGCAGAUAUGGAAUAUUUCACCCAGUACAUCUAGUAUAUAUGCAAGUGCUUGUAUUUCAAGCAAUAAUUGCAUGGUAUACAUAGCAACUUUAGAUGGCACUUGUGUCUCACUAUCAGAAAAAACUGGAAAGCUUCAGUGGAAAACACACGUUUCAAGCCCUGUGUUUUCUUCUCCAGCUCUUGUACAUUCCUCUCAAGGCGUUAUUUUCACUGAAGUUAUAGGAAUUGUUCAUUGUUUUUCUGCUAUUAAUGGAGAUAAGAUGUGGCAAUUCAAAGCAGAUGGUCAAGUAUUUUCAUCUUUCAGUGUUACUCAUGAUUAUCAUGAUCUAAAUGAAUUACUUGUCUUUGGAAGUCAUGACAAAAAUGUUUAUUGCUUAAAAUGGGAUGAAAAUGCUUCUAAUGUCUCUCUUAAGUGGAAGAAAGAAUUAGAUUCUGCGAUUUUUGCCACACCAUUCAUUUAUAAAGUAAGAGAAGAACUGAAUUCUACUAGCACAAUAAUUAAUACUUAUGUAAUUACUGCAGCAUCAAAAGGAUUUUUGUAUGUAUUGAAUGCUGAAGAUGGAUCCAUUAAAUGUCUUUCAUCUUUGCCUAAUGAAAUAUUUUCAUCACCUAUCGUUUGCGAUGGUCAAGUUUUAGUAGGCUGCAGAGACAAUUACCUGUACAAUUAUUCAAUAUGAAAGAUUUAAACAUUGUAUUUUUUAUUUUGAAAGAUAAAAAAAUAUUCCUGUCCAUG